AGCUCGGCGCAACCUGUCAAUGAGCAGGUGGAGUUGUACUUUUAAGAGAGAAGGAUAUGACGUGGCCAACAUAGUUACCUCAUUUGGAGAGCUUCUCUGGCACCAUUAGUUGAUAGUUAGUAAUACUGCUCGGCCUUUUAUUUAUGGCAGAGACACAAGCAAUUGGCUUGUACUAAGGUGGCAACUGCAAUGGCAAUGGCCAAGGCCAAGGGUGUUGUCGCAGUGGUGGGCGUAGGUCCCAAGCUUGGCCGCUCAAUUGCCAGGCGCUUUGCUCACGAAGGAUACACAGUUGCAAUUCUUGCACGAGAUUUGGAUAAGCUUUCGAGGUUCGCAGAUGAGAUCGCCAGAGAAGAGAAUGCGCAGGUUUUCGCCAUCCGAAUCGACUGCUCCGACGCCAAGAGUGUGCGGGAGGCCUUCGAGGGCAUUCAUUCUCUCGGCUUCGUCGAAGUUCUGGUGUACAACGUGGGCAUGCCAAUGCCAUGGAAUCCACCCAAGUUCACUGACAUAAGGCUGGAGUCCUUUGAGAAAUCCAUCACUAUUUCUGCGGUGGGAGCCUUCCACUGCGCCCAACAGAUCUUGCCUGGCAUGGUGGAGAGAAGAAAAGGUACGAUCCUUUUUACUGGUGCUGAAGUAUCAAUUAGAGGAGCAGCAGGGUUAUCAGAACUGACGUGUGGGAAGUUUGCUCUAAGGGGCCUUUCUCAGUGCCUUGCUCGAGAAUUUCAACCACAAGGGAUUCAUAUUGCCCACAUUAUUAUAGAUGGAACGAUAGGAUUUUCCAGAUCCGGCACUGCAUACAGCCUCUCCAUUGUGUCUCAUUUGGGCCAAAGAAGGCCAAGUAACUGAAGGUUUGUUUUAAUGGGAAUUGUCAUGAAUGUCAGGCCUAAGGAGGCCAAUGAAUUGCAGGAGCAUGUUUUGAACCCAGAUGCCAUAGCUCAGACGUACUGGCAACUGCAUAUCCAGGACCAAAGUGCUUGGACCCAAGAGGUGGAUCUCAGAUCCUUUUCUGAGAGGUUUUGAGCUACUUCAUCCAAUGCCUUUUAGAAAUCUUGGACCAUUUCCAGAGGGGUAUUGCGCCAAUUUAUCUAGUAAGGCAUUUCAUGCGUUGUGACUCCAUCCACUUUUUAGAAAUUUGAUUAUGAAUAUUGGUGUGAGUUUGAAUAUAAGGCUAGCUUAAUUUUGGAGAAAUCAGUGUGGUCUCCAUCAAGGUUGAUAUGGCUCUUCUCUACAUCUUCGGAGGAGAUACAAAGAAGAGGAAGAAAUCCAUCUGACCGCCUUGGUAUUGUUGUGUUUGUAAUCGUGGGUUCUGAGCAUAGGUAGAUCGUUUGGGAACUCUGUUCAUAUAAUGGUGUUUUUUCAGCCUUGCAAUUUAUAUAUAUAAAUAUGCAUAUACAUAUAUAUAUAUAUAUAUAUAUAUAUAUAUGAUUUUCCAAUCUGGAGCCAUUGGUUUAGAGCAUCUCAUGGUGCUGAGCAGUCUGCCCAAAGAAAGACAUAUAAGAUUAUCUCAAUCUUUUAAUAGGUGGAAAAAUCUUUUCUACUACUUGAAUUGGGGCCCCACCUGUAAAUUGAAUCUCCACCUUUUAAUUAGCGUACCUCAAGGUGGAAAUGAGGCUCUUCUCUACAUCUUCGGAGGAUUUCUUGUGAAGAGGAAGAAAAUCAACUGACCACCUUGGUAUUAUUGUGUUUGUAAUGUAAGUUCCGAGUGUUGGUGGGAAUUGGGUCGUUUGGGAACUCUGUUCAUAUAAUGGCAUAUUUUUCAGCCUUGCAAUCUAUUUUUGUUGUUUUUCAAUAUGGAGCCAAUGGUUUAGUGCA